AUGAGAGAUUUUCUUUCAUUAGAAAUCUCUCAAUACAAGGACGAAGAUGACUGGAAUCCUGAGGCCAAUGCUGGAAACAAAGAUGGGUUGAUUGGUGAAGCAUAAGUGGGUAUAGAAAAAGUUGAUGAGGAAGAUGCUGAGGUUGACUCUCUUCAGCUGCAACAACAGCACCCUUCCUCUCCCCAACCAGGUAACACACUUCAAUUUCCACUGCUCCACCACAGAACCCUCUCUUCCAGAUGACAUGCCUGAGCAAUGGGCCAGAAGAGUCCAAGAGAAGAUUGACACUUCCUUGGCUGCUCAAAGGAUAUCAUUCCAGGAGAUGAUGGACAAAUCUGAAGAAAAGCACAGCUCAAGUCUUCAAGAACUAAGGAGUUCCUAUGACAAAAAUCUUAAGAUCAUUACUCAUAUGAACUCCUUAAUAAGUAAUUUGCUUCUGACCUAUGCCUAUGACUCCCAUCUCCAACACAAAGAUAUUGUGGAGAACAAUGAGCAACUGGCUACUGUUACGAAGAGCCUCCAGAAGCAAAUGGGCCUUGUCCAAAUAGACAUCAGAUCUGCCCUGGCUCUUUCUUCAGCAAAUCAGUGUGUUGCAUAGGAUUACUUAAGAGUUAUAGCAGCUACCCAGAGGGAAAUCUUCCGGGCAUUCAAGA